AUGCCGAGCGGUCAAGUUCAAUCGGUAUACAAGAGCGAGAAGGCGCUUGAGCCCGAGUCCAUCAGAGAUGUGCAAAACAUCCUUGCUGGAAGGGUGCCCGGAAUCAGAGUCACGAAGCACAAAACCAUAUCUGGACUCAUGUUCAUUGAAGUCGACCUCAUCACGAAGAAAGGCCCGGUCUCAAGCUGUCUUCUGGUACUAGGAGAAGACCCACAUGAGCCAGGCUGCAUCGUCACUUCGCGGCUUUGGACGGACGACGUGACCGGGAUCAGAGCUGGUGUUGCAUACACCAGCCACGGCAGUCAUCUGGACGAUACCAGAGGUGGAAUACCAAACACUGCAUGGUGCACGUCUUUCCAAUUCAAGCGUGGACUUACCCAAGGUGGUGGUAUAAGCAGAAGCUACUGGUCCAUGUUACCCAGUCGCGCAAUAUUCUGUAGACAGCUUCUCGAGGUCUUCAAGGAGCCAGGCUCUUUCAACGAUCAGAACUGGCAGAAAAUCCAGAACGUGAUAGACGGCUACCAAGACUUUUUUCACCGCAAUGGUGUCCCACGCGUGCCUGAAGGAUUUCUAUUUCUCCGAAACGAUAACAUACGCCUACAUAUUGCCAACAACCAAGCUCAGAAUCAAGAGCCAGAACCCGAGCGUGAGCUCGAGCCCGAAUCUGAAUCCGAUACGGAUGACUUUGGCAAUGACUUCCAGCUUCCCGUGGUGCCUAGAUUUGUCCCACCGCGUUCAAUCCCCGAGGAUGAAGAUGAUCCUUUCGGCCUCGACCAAGAUCUUGGUGACAUCGAAGACCUUCCUACUACUGACGAUGGGGAUGUUGCUGUUGGUCAAGAUGACGACGAUGGCCGUUCACCAAGUCCCCUUUUUGAACCCAGAUCGAGAAGCGUUCCCCCAAAGCCUACUACUACAACCAAUACUCGACUUGGGUACGAUGAUGAGGAGGUCGACAUGAAUGUCGAUCGACCUACAACUCUCAGCUCUCGUUUACCAUCUGAGAUCGGGGAUACUUCGCCCGGCCCGAGGACGAUGACCACUCCUGAUCCAAACAAACCUGGCAGCAAAACCAACCCUUUCGACAUUACAGAUGUCUCGGAUGUUUACGAAGACGAUGAUGACAUGAUCGUACUUUACCACGAGAUUAAAGCUGAUCCGGCUGGAGAGUCAGACUUGAUUGGAGGUGGUUUGGGAGUCAAUCAAGUUAAGCGAGAGAUUGUCGAACUCGACUCAGACACGGUUGAAGGUGGCUCAAUCAUCAUCCAAAACACCCCGGACACUGCUGAAGAUGACCCGGACAUCAUCAUGGGCGAGCACGUCAGGCUAGUCAUCGACAUCGAUGAUUGA